AUGACACAAGUAAGUGAAAAAGAUGUGGUUGCGAUCAAAGACUGGAUGGCCAAAGACCCUACUCUACCAAAAAACUUCGAGGACAUCAUGAUAAAGAAGUUUCUGUACAGCUGCAAUAACAGUUUGGAGCGGACUAAGAAAUGUAUUCUGACCUUCUGCAACACCCGAACAACAAUGACUGAGGUGUUCUCCAAUAGGGACCCCCUGUCACCUAAACUGCAAACAGCCUUUAACAAUACCUCCGUCGCAACAUACUCGACCGACAAAGAUGAGAUCCUGAUUCAUCGGUUGGAAACAACAGAAAAUUUUGAUUUCUACGAUUGUCUCAAGUCUUUCACUUUACAAUCUGAUCAAUGGAUAUCGUUAGAAAGGGAGCCAUUGCCUGAGAACCACAUUGUCAUCAUAGAUAUUAAGGAGAUCACCCUGAUGAUCGUUGCCAAGGCCAACGUGUUUUUCUUCCAGAAGUUUCUUCUGUUUUUAUUAGAGGCAACGCCAGUACAUUUGAUUCAAGUCCACGUAGUGAACUGUCCUUCGUUCUACGAGUACAUGUAUGGUUUAGUGAAGGGUGCAUUACCACAGAAUAUUAGAGAUAUUACUCAUUUCCACACGGACCACAUGGGACUGCACCAGUAUAUAGACAAAAAGUAUCUACCCAUAGAGUAUGACGGCGAAGCGGAAAGUAUGGUGGAACAGACUCAAUUUUGGGUCAAAAAAAUAUGUGAGAAUAGGUCAUUCUACCUGGACGAAAAUCUAUGGAAGGCUAAUAUAAACAAAAAAGCACAUAAAAACGCAGCGGUCGAUACAAGUAUGAGCGGGUCUUUCAGAACUUUAGCUAUAGAUUAA